AUGUCUCCAACUCGAUCUGCCAAUAGCUCAGAUUCCUUCUAUAUCCUCCCACCUCGUCCCAAUCCCUCCGCAGAUGCUGGCCUCUCGAUCAAGGCCGAUAGUGAUGGAUCGAAUACCCCUCCCUCUCCCAGUAGCAUGGACGUGUUCAAGAUCUCGCCGGUGACAGCAUUGAAGCUAUUGUGUGCAGGAAUCGAAGCUCUGGUCAAAGUCACUGGAGAUAUUCCUCCAACACCACCCCCAACCUUCACCACCCCACCGAAUAUGCGAGGCAUGCAAGCAGAGAAGGAAAACAUAAUACGAAGCAAUUCAUACAAGAACUUCGCAGAACUACACAAACGUCCGCGGACGCCGUCGAGUUCCAGUGGAGGAUCAGAAGACAUUGAUGGAGUCAACUUUCGCAAGACACCGUUGAGCAGUCCGGAAAUCGCACCCACGGAACCAUACAUCAUAAUUGGGGAUAAUGCGGAACCUCUGAAUGUCCAGCACAGCGUCAUUACUCGGAAAUUCUACUCGAAACACCCUCCUCCCAUCUCUUUGGAAGAUUACUUGAUGCGAAUACACAAGUUCUGUCCCAUGUCCACGGCUGUAUAUCUCGCAACAAGUUACUACAUACACAAGCUUGCUGUUGAUGAACGAGCCAUUCCAGUGACAAGGAGGAAUUGCCAUCGACUCCUACUUGCUGGAUUGAGAGUUGCGAUGAAAGCCUUGGAGGAUUUGAGCUAUCCUCACUCGAGAUUUGCGAAGGUGGGAGGAGUGAGCGAGAAUGAGCUUGCGAGACUGGAAAUCAGUUUCUGUUUUCUCACAAACUUCGAGUUCAAGACCAGUAAAGAGACCCUGCUUGAGCAUGCCAUUAGCUUAAAGGAGUUAAGUGCCAUGCAGGGUGCGGUGGGUUUUGUGCCUAGGAUGCCGCUGAAGAGUAAGAGGAGGGUUGGGGCUCAAGAGACGGUACAGGAGGUUACAGCCGAUGCUUAG